AACCGAAGCUUACCGUAGUAGCCUAGAUAGUAGCCCCGCCUUCAGCAGCAGCAGCAGCGGCGGCAGUUGCAGCGGCAGCAUGUCCGCUGCGUCACUCCGAUCCGGCCAAUGAGCGGCGACAGAGGAAGAGGGCUUGUUUUUGAAAAUAUUGGCGCUUGUCGUGCUAACUGGCUAACAGAGCUUUGGCUGGUGACUUUAUUAUUUAUUUAUUUUUUUAAAAGACACGAACCAACUGUGUGUCAUCUGAAACAUUACCGUGGCACUGAGAUGAACGACAGCUUUUAGUGACAAAAGCAACACAGAAGUCACUUCAGACUGUCCACAAUGGCAAGCAAUGUGUGCAGCCACGUAAAGGUGGUUGUUCGGGUGAGACCAACCAGCGACAGCGAGAAGCGUGAAAACUGUCGAAAUGUGGUCCAGGUCGUUGAUAACAACAUGCUCAUAUUUGACCCGAAGGAAGAGGACAUGUCAUGUUUUGGGUCGCAAAAAGUACGAAACCGAAACAUCAACAAGAGGGCAAACAAAGACCUGAAGUUUGUUUUUGACCACGUGUUCAACGAGAACUCGACGCAAGUUGACAUUUUUGAGAACACCACUAAAGGAGUCUUGGACGGUGUGAUGAAUGGAUUUAACUGCACAGUAUUUGCAUACGGUGCUACUGGAGCAGGCAAGACGCAUACGAUGUUAGGCUCACAAAAUGACCCUGGGGUCAUGUAUCGCACCAUGACAGAGCUGUUCAAACGCAUGGAUGACGCCAAGGAGGAGAAAGAGUUUGCUGUUGCAUUCUCAUAUCUUGAGGUUUACAAUGAACAGAUCAGAGACUUGUUGGCUAAUGCAGGCCCUCUCGCAGUCAGAGAGGACAGCUCUAAAGGAGUGGUCGUUCAGGGCCUCACACUGCAUCAGCCGAAGUCUGCAGAACACAUUCUUGAGGCUCUGGAUUCUGGCAAUCGCAACAGGACACAGCACCCCACUGAUAUGAAUGCCACCUCUUCCCGGUCCCAUGCUGUAUUUCAGAUAUAUUUGAGACAGCAGGACAAAACUGCCAGCCUCAACCCUAAUGUCUGCAUUGCCAAAAUGAGCCUGAUUGAUCUUGCAGGCUCUGAGAGAGCCAGCACCACCAACGCCAAAGGGGCACGAUUGCGGGAAGGCGCUAACAUCAAUCGCUCACUUCUUGCCCUAGGAAAUGUUAUCAAUGCUCUUGCUGACCCAAAGAGUAAGAAAACUCACAUACCAUACAGGGACAGCAAACUGACUCGGCUACUUAAAGACUCCCUGGGAGGCAACUGCAGGACGGUUAUGAUUGCCAAUGUUAGCCCCUCAUCCAAGUCAUAUGAUGACACCCACAACACACUUAAGUAUGCCAACAGGGCCAAGGAGAUUAAGUCCUCGCUGAAGAGUAAUGUUGUAAGCCUGGACAGCCACAUUGGCCAAUAUGCAGUGAUAUGUGAGAGGCAACGUCAAGAGAUUCUCCAGUUAAAGCAGAAACUAAAAGCAUACGAGGAGAAGAACAUGGUGCCGGGGGCUUCAAAUAUGAUCUCCUCCCAGAAACAAGCAGAGUUCAAAAGGGUGUCAGAAGCUCUGCAGCGAAUCUUCUCGGGCAGGGGCCAAAUCAGGAGAGAACAGCUGGAUCUGGAGAGACAACUGAAGGAGAAUGAGCUGCGCCAGCGCUACAGCGAGGAGGACAACCUGCAGGUCCAAUACUUCUGUGCCAAAGAAAAGACUGAGAAGGCCACUUGUAAGCAUGAGCGGAGGAUUGCCAGCUUACGCACUCAGCAGCAACACAUUUGCAAACGUCUGAAGGAGGCAGAAUCACGAUUCCUGGACAACGAUAGCUUGCUUCAUCGCGUCGAGAAUGAGAUUAAGCUGCUCAAGUCAAACGAUCAGUCCUCAGAGGUGUUAGAAAAGGGCCUACAUUGCCACAGACUGGAGCUGCAGGUAAAUGAUCUUCAACAACACAUCAAGCAGAUGGUCAAGCUCACUGCUCUGCAGGAUCAGGAAAACAAGCGCAUGCAGAAAAUGGUAAACAUCUUAUUGCCAGCUUAUAGUCGGAAGUACUAUGCGUUGCGUAAAGCCGGACUGGUCACGGCGGCAGAUGAGGCGGAGAACUCUGAACUAGAGCACCUUGUAUUGAGGGAGAGGGGCGUGGUCUGGGCAGACCAAGAAGGGGUGGGGCAGCAGCAGAAAGGUGAUGGGAGUGGAGAGGAAACACAGGAGAUGAACGAGGCGGGAAACGCUGGGCUUCGCGGCGAAUUGGCACCUGUCUUGUCUUUCUCACAUCUGCUAUAUCACCAGAGUAGCCCAUGCAGUGCAGAGGGGCGCACAAAAAGAACAUCAUUGUGCAACACUGCUCCAUCACCAAAAGGUAGAGAAAAUCAGAUGAAUACCAAACCAGAACCACCUCCCAGAAUGCCCAUCAGGAGAAAUCUCUCUGCAUCACUGCCACCGCAAAGCCCCCAGACCAUCGCUAAGGCCCGAGUGCUUGAGGAGGGCAUGUAUCCCCUCCAGUACACACCAGAACCUGCUCAAAAACCUGCGCCAUUCCUGCUAAUGGGCUCCUCCAGCAACAUGGAUCCCAACAUGACCUUCGAGAUUCUGGACAAUGAUGAUCAAACUGCAAAUAACGCAACCAUCAUAAUAAGCGGCGAGGAAUCAAAGUCCACAGACAUCUCAGGUCCUAGCCAUGUACUUCGUCCUCCCAGGCCCAAUGAGGGAAACUCGGUUCCUACCAAAAGACAACAGAUCCCGUCUUUACAAGAUGUGAGACGAGCCAACCCGACCUACAUGGACAUGACGUCUGCUGCACAAGGAAAGCGUAAAUUUAACCGGAGCAUCCGAGAAGAGUUAACACAGGAUCUCUCUGCACCGAAGCGUAUCAAGAAAGACCCCUCAGUGUCCCGGAAACCACUCCGAGUGCAUCGUUUUGCUGGUUCUGAAGAGAACAGGCCUCGAAGAGUUGUGAGGAGCAUUUCUGAAGGAAAUCUCGACCUGCUCGAACCUCAGAAAUCCAAGUCAAUCUUCUACAAAACGUCCCAACAGAUUAAACGAGUGACCAAACGGCGGUAAAGCAACCUUGCUUUUAUGAACAUUUUCACUUCCCACCCUUCUCCGUCCAUAUUCAUCUUUUCAAAAUAUUUACUUACAACCUAAUUAAAAAAAAAAAGUAGAUUGUUGAGUUUUCUCUACAAACACAAAUGCUAAUGUAAUAAGAUGGAAUGUAAUUAUAAGUUGCAUUGUAUUGUUCUGUUCUUCAAUUUAGCCUUCCGUUGCAGUGAAAUUUUACUUGACUGUAAAUAAACGUUGUAUAGUAUGUUUAGUUAUUCUUUUGUCUGUUAGUCAUUUUUAAAUUCGUGUACACACUAACAGCACAAAAUAAAAUAUGUCCUGUGGAUGUUCUGCGUUAUACGUACAUUAUGUACUUUUAACUACUCUUUUAAACAAUGUUCGGUGUUGUAAGUGACGUUUCCCAGGGCAGCUAAUAUCAGAGGUUUAUACGUGAUCUCAUAGGGAGGUGUGGGGAAAAAAAAAAUUUGACUCCUCUUCACUGAGCUGUUUGUGUUUUUAUUUUUAUCCCUUUUUUUCUCUUGUACAGUUAAUAGCAAUGGGGUUAUAGAUAUUUCACAAUAAACUGCUUGUAGAAUGUUUUUCGAUCAAUAAAUCCUUCAAAAAGAA